AUGGAAGGUUUGUUUUUCAACGUCAACAAUGGCUAUGUCGAAGGCAUCGUCCGAGGCUACCGCAAUGGCCUUCUCACCGGCGCCGCUUACAACAACCUGACUCAGUGCGAAACUAUCGACGACCUCAAGCUUCAACUUGGUCCUGCCUAUGGCGACUUUCUUGCCUCCCUGCCACCCAAUCCAUCAACGUCUAGUCUUGCGGCAAAAACCACCGACAAGCUGGUCUCUGAAUUUCGCUAUGUCCGAGCCAAUGCUGUCGGAUCACUGGCAAAGUUCAUGGACUACGUCACGUACGGCUACAUGAUUGAUAAUGUUGCCCUUCUCAUCACCGGUACUCUUCACGAGCGAGACACGCGCGAGUUGUUGGACAGAUGUCAUCCUUUGGGGUGGUUCGAGACCAUGCCCGUUCUUUGCGUUGCCACGAAUAUCGAGGAACUGUACAACAGCGUUUUAAUCGAGACUCCUCUCGCUGCAUACUUCAAGGGUAGCCUGAGUCACCAGGACCUUGACGAGCUCAACAUUGAGAUUGUCCGAAACACCCUGUACAAGAACUACCUUGAGGACUUUUACAACUUUGUCAACUCGCACCCCGACAUGGCUGGUACGCCAACAGCAGAGGUCAUGUCGGAGAUCCUUGAGUUUGAGGCCGAUCGAAGAGCGAUCAACAUUACUCUCAACUCAUUCGGCACCGAGCUGUCCAAGGCAGACCGCAAGAAGCUCUAUCCCAAUUUUGGUAAAUUGUACCCCGAGGGUACUCUUAUGCUGUCACGUGCGGAUGACCCCGAGGGUGUUCGUCUGGCUGUCGAUGGUGUUCAUGACUACAAGACUUUCUUUGAUGCCGUCUCCCUUGGCGGCUCAUCCGGACCUGGUAACAUGGGUGGCGGCUCUGCUGACGGCAGGACAUUGGAGGACAUGUUUUAUCAGAAAGAGAUGGAAAUAUCAAAGAGUGCUUUCACUAGACAAUUCACGCAUGCCAUUGUCUAUGCGUGGGUCAAACUUCGAGAACAGGAGAUCCGAAACAUUACAUGGAUCGCCGAGUGCAUAGCUCAGAACCAGAAGGAUCGCAUUGGCAACUUCAUCAGCGUGUUUUGA